AUGAUUAAUAUCGCUGGUGUGGUGAGCAUCGUGCUCUUCUAUCUGUUAAUUCUGGUCGUGGGCAUAUGGGCGGGACGAAAAAAGGCGGCAGGCAAUGAUUCCGAGGAGGAGGUGAUGCUGGCGGGACGCUCAAUUGGUCUUUUCGUAGGCAUAUUCACAAUGACCGCAACUUGGGUGGGUGGUGGCUACAUAAACGGCACGGCGGAGGCCAUCUACACAUCCGGUCUGGUGUGGUGUCAGGCGCCAUUUGGUUAUGCCUUAAGCUUGGUUUUCGGUGGCAUUUUCUUUGCAAAUCCCAUGCGUAAACAAGGUUACAUAACCAUGUUGGAUCCGCUGCAGGACUCUUUUGGUGAACGCAUGGGUGGUUUGCUCUUUCUACCGGCGCUCUGUGGCGAGGUAUUCUGGGCUGCUGGCAUUUUAGCCGCCUUGGGCGCUACGCUGUCUGUAAUCAUUGACAUGGACCAUCGCACUUCGGUGAUACUCUCCUCGUGUAUUGCCAUAUUCUAUACGCUUUUCGGCGGCUUAUAUUCGGUCGCUUAUACCGAUGUUAUACAACUAUUUUGCAUCUUCAUCGGUUUGUGGAUGUGUAUACCGUUCGCUUGGGCCAAUGAUCAUGUAAAAAGUUUGUCUUCAAUGGAGGUUGAUUGGAUCGGUCAUGUAGAGCCGGUGAAGCAAUGGUUCUACAUAGACUAUGGACUGCUUUUGAUCUUCGGUGGCAUCCCGUGGCAGGUGUAUUUUCAGCGCGUGUUGUCAAGCAAGACAGCUGGACGCGCUCAAUUGUUGUCGUAUGUUGCGGCAGCUGGUUGCAUUCUUAUGGCGAUCCCGCCGGUACUCAUUGGCGCCAUUGCCAAAGCAACAGCUUGGAAUGAAACCGAAUAUACCGGCCCCUAUCCACUAACCGUCGAGCAGACCAGCAUGAUAUUACCUAUGGUACUACAAUACCUUACACCCGAGUUUGUAUCAUUCUUUGGUCUUGGCGCCGUUUCGGCAGCUGUCAUGUCCUCGGCGGAUUCGUCGGUGCUCUCGGCUGCGUCGAUGUUUGCGCGCAAUGUUUACAAAUUAAUUUUUCGCCAAAAAGCUUCCGAGAUGGAGAUUAUUUGGGUGAUGCGUGUGGCCAUUAUAAUCGUGGGUAUCCUGUCAACUAUAAUGGCGCUUACGAUUCCCUCCAUCUAUGGUCUUUGGUCCAUGUGCUCGGAUUUGGUGUAUGUCAUUUUGUUCCCACAACUUUUGAUGGUCGUACACUUUAAAAAGCAUUGUAAUACUUACGGCAGCUUAGCUGCCUAUAUUGUGGCGCUCUUUAUUCGUUUAUCAGGUGGUGAGGCAUUGCUUGGUCUGGCGCCUCUCAUACAUUUUCCCGGCUAUGACGAGGAGACACAAACCCAGUUAUUCCCCUUCCGCACCACGGCCAUGUUAAUGAGUCUGAUCACGCUGAUAGGUGUUUCUUGGUGGACAAAAAUGAUGUUUGAAUCGGGUAAACUUCCCCCGAAUUACGACUAUUUUCGUUGUGUAGUGAAUAUUCCUGAAGAUGUACAAAGAGUGGGAGAGCCUUCAGAAGCUGGAGAGCAGCUUUCUGUUAUGGCUGGUCCAUUGGCACGUUCCUAUGGCGCAGCCACAAUGGCUGGCAAAGAUGAGCGCAACGGACGUAUUAAUCCGGCGCUCGAGUCCGACGACGAUUUACCCGUGGCCGAAGCGAAACGCAUGAAUCAGCAGACGGCGCAGGCGCAGGUGCAGAAAAUGUUGAGCAAGGCGACGGGUAAAGGUGGCAACAACGCCAGUGACUGCGGCGGCGUAGUCGGAGUCGGCUGUGAUGCGGGCAUGGGUCUCAAUUUAAGCGGACAAGGUAUGGCUGUGCCAACUGCUGAGCAUGAUAAUACUGCCUUCUAAGCACAUGUUCAAAUACACACAUAAACACACAUACACAUACAUAACGUGCAUAUAUUUAAAAAAAACACAAAAUUAACAUGCAGAAUUGAAGCAAAAGUGCUCAUGAAACACACACACACAUACAAACAUAACUUUAAAUGCAAAUAUAUUUGGUAUCGACUUAGAGGAAUGCUUGUCAAGCAGUUGGAUAACGGAAUUAGAAGGCAAUUUGUAACUAAGCUUAUGAAACAAACAUAUCAACGCAGCAAAAUGCGGAAGGAAGAAGAAGAAAACUAAACUAAUUAUACAAAAACAAUAUACAUAUAAUUAUAUACAUUCUAUAUAUUAUCUGCUGUUAUAAACUAUUUUUGUGUAGUGUUGCCAGUGUUAACAGCUUGUGCUUUUUGUUUUUUGUUCAAUGUGUUUUUCGGCUAAUAAGUACUUGAAAAAUAAUGCGUAUUGUAAAAUCUUUCAAAGAACGCAAUGUUAAACAUUCUAUUUGAAAUUAGUAUUAGGUAGUAUGGUCUUAAAAAGUAUCUAUAAUUAUCUAUAUAGGUUUGUUUGUUCUAUGUAUGUAUUAUGUGCUUGCUUACAACGGAUUCUAAUCUCUAGCAGUUCAUAAGAAGGAACUUUGCACAGAAAACGCAGUAGUGACAUUUCUUGUUGUUGGCUUAAAUAUUGAUUACCACACACUAAGUACAUAUGUACAUAUAUGUAAUGUUAGUUUAUCUGCGUGAUUAAUUGUUAAAAUUUGCAUUUUAGUAACCAAAACUGUUAAAUCUUAAGAAUAUAUAAAGUGCUCA